AUGUCGACGUGCUCGCCGGCGUCGUCGUCAUCUUACGACUCGAACAAGGGCUCCGCCUCGAGUUGUGGCGACCGUCCUUCCACUAGCGAUGGCUUUAAUAAGGUUAAUUGGUUAAUUAGUUGUUUUAAAAAUGUAAUAUAACGCUUUUAGAAGUUUCUGGUUAGUAUUAUUUACAGAAAUAUCAAAAGUAUAUAUAAUAACCGUUUUAUUUUGAAAGAACAGAAAUUAGGAAAAUUUUCCGUUCUUGCAGCAUAAGAUAUUACCUUCCGAAAAACGAAAUCUUUAAUUUUUCGAAGCUUAAAAAGAUUUUUAAGGCUUUCAAGCAGCAUCCUUACCAGUAUGAAUGUACCUUUUUAUGAAUUUUCAAAAAAAAAUUUUUUUUUCUUCCAAAAUUUCUUGGUUUUGACAUUUUUUGAUGUUUUUUUUUGUGUUAUUUAGUUUUUUUUCAAUAGGUUGGGUAGGUAUUAUUUGAGAGAAUUAUAGGACAAAAAAAGAUAUUUAAAAAAAUUAAGAUGUUUCUAGAAUAAGUUGUCGCUAUAAGUCCUCUCGUUUCAUGUUAAAAUCUAAUUUUUUUCUUCAAAAAAAUAUUAAAUUUUUUUCAGAGUUUGACUUUGAUAAUAAUGCUUCAAAGCAGCUUUUUUUAGUGUUUUUUUAGAGCUCAAAAAUUUUAAUUUUUUUGCAUUUUUUUCAGGAAGUUUUUGAAGUACCAUUAUUUUUCAGUGUGAAUUCAGGUUUUUCUUGUACCCUUUUUUUGUAUUUUUUUCGUAAGAAAAAAAUCAGAAUUUUUGAGAUUUUCACAGUCUCCCCCGCAGUUCUUCUUCCAAGUUCUAAAAGAAAAAAAUUCCUAAAUUUUUUUCAUUUUUUUCAAGGCUUAAUAAUACAUUUUUCCUGCCUUGAAUUUGGAAUUCCACCCUGUUUUUUUAGUGAUAUUUUGCAUGUUCCAGGCCUCGAAUUCCUCGCCGGCGAUGGCCCGAUCGGUGCCUUCGAGCCACGAAGCGACGUCGCCUCCAGAAACCGCCGCUUCUAGGGAUUACGUCUAUUUUACGUCAGUUUUUCGUCAAAAAACGGAAUUUUUUGAAUUUUUAUGUGCUAAAAGUCUGUAAGGGGGCGUCUUUUUUCAUCUAUUUUUGUUCGCAAUAGAUCAAAAGUUUAAAAUGUUUAUAGUUUGCUCACAGACAGAUCUGUGGCGUGGAGGUAGAAAUCCAGGAAAAUUAUAAUUUCAUGCGAAUAAGUUCUUCCUAGAAGAUUUUCUGAGAAAAUUUGGAACUUUUCGGAAAAUUUGAAGGUUUUUAAGGGAAUCUAGCGCUUUGAACAAUGUUUAAAAGUGUAUUAAUAUUUUUUUGGAAUUUUUGUUUUUUUGAGAAUUUUAGAAAAAAUUGAUUGCAAUAGGAGUGGGGGGCUUUUGCAAAUUUUUCCAAAAAAAAAUUAAAAAUUUGGAUUUUUUGAGGUUCAAUCAAAAGCUUGAAUGAGUAUUUUUUACAUAUUUUAUUAGCUUUUUUUGGGAUUUUGGGGAAACUUGUUCUAGAAGUUUAUGAAAAAUAAUUGAAAUAAGAGCGAUUUCAAAAUUUUCUUAUAGAGUUUGAAAUUCCCAAACUGAACCAGAGAAAUGGGAAUAUUUAAGCUUGAUUGAACAUUUUUUUAACAACUUUACCAUUUUGAGUAGGAUCUUUAGUUUUUUUGAGCAAAUUUUUUUGUGGGAAUAUUCAGGAUUAUCGGUCAAAAAAAGGAGAAGUUUCGAAACUUUAUAAGAAAGUUUAAAUUUCCAAACAGAUUCAUAAAUAUGUGAAUUUUUUUAGCUUCAUUGAGUAUUCUAACAAUUUUACCAUUUUUUGUGGUAUCUUCAGUUUUUGAGCAAACUUUUUGGGGAAAUAUUAAGAAAAAUCGGUCAAAAUAAGACUGAUUUUUGAAACUUACUCAUAGAGUUUUUAAAUUCCCUAAAUGAACGGGAAACAUUGGAUUUAUCAAGCUUAUUUGAGAGUUCUUAACGAGUUUUUUUGAAAUAUUAUUUUUAGGGUCUUUGGAGUUUUUUUAUGCAAAUUUCUCGAAAAUCAGGAAAAAAAUUAUUGGAUUAAAUCGAUUUCGUAACUUUGUUGUACAGCUUGAGAUUCCCCUAACUGAACCAGGAAAAUGGGGAUUUUUUUAGGCUUUAUUGAGUAUUUUUUUAACAAUUUUAUCAUUUUUUUAGUGGGAUCUGUAAGUUUUUUUGGGCUUGUCUUUAUUUUUUUAUUACCAAUUUAAAGGCUUUUUGAGCAGAAAAUUGAGAAAAAUAAGGCAGUUUUUAGAAGGUUUAACCCAAUAAUUCUGAAGCGAUUUGAAAGAAAUUUCAGCUAUUUUUAGGGAUUCCAACCCGAAAAUCCUGAUGAAACUUGAAAAACUAAUAAUUUCCAGAACGGACAUGGCCAACCAAGCCGUGUUGGACAUGGAACGGGAGAAAGGCACCUACGGGACUCUCUUCGAAUGGCAUCAGCGACGGCGGAGGCCCGAACUCGAGGCCCAAGCGCGGCCCAACUCCGCGGCCCGAACGCCCAACUCGGCGCCGCCCCUCGACCUCCCGCAGCCCGCCUCCAAUGCCACGGUGCCCGCCGUCCUGACCCCCACUCUGCCUUUCAGUCCUCAUGAUGUUUGAUUUGAUCUUUUCAAUAAAAAAAAAAUAAGUAGAAAAUGCAAAAUUAAGAACCUUAUCACCAUAGAAACAGUAUAGUUAUCUAUUUUGCCUUUUUCUAAGUUCACCAUCAAAAAAUUAACAUCCUUUCAGAUGAAGAAAUGAGGAAAGAAUGAAAAAAAAAAUCCAGGAAAAUUGUCCAUUUUUGUCCGUUUAUCAAGCUCAAAUAUGAGAAAAUUGAUUUAUUUGAACUUGUAAAAAUAAAAGUUUUUAAACUAACUUUCUUAAGGAUCUUUAGAAUUUGGCGGGUUUUCCAAAAGUUAAUACACUUUUUGAGCGUUCGUGAUUUAAGUUUUUAAGCGAGCUUUAUGAUUUCUAAUUUUUUUAUAAAUGUAAGUUUAUCACCUCUUUUUUUGUCCAAGAUUUUUUUGGAUUUUUUUCAAAGAAAGAAAUCAAGAAUAUUUCUAUCCCAUUAAGUUACCUACAAUGAGAAAAAAACAUUUUUUUCGCAGUAACUAAAAAAAUUGGAAUUAGAAAAAAAUUUUUGAAGUAAAUUCAUUCAGAAAUUUCUCGAAUAUGGCUAUUUUUUUCCAGACAUCAACGCAGUUUUUUUAAAUUGUCGUGAUGAAAAAAAUUUGGAAUAAUCUUCCUAAAUUUUUAGUUUAUCCGUUUAUUAAUGCACAGAAUUUUUUUGGGAAUGAAUCAGAAUUUUUUUCAGUUUGAAACAGUCAAAAUGAGAAAAAAAAAUUUUUUUAAGUAAAAUUCAUUCAUAAAUUUUUUUGAAUUUUUGGCGGUUUUUUUCAGACAUCAUUUUAAGUAAGCUUCAUAAAAAAACGCUCAGUUUUUGGGCAAGGUUUUUUUCGAUUUUUUUCGAAAAAAAUGUCUUUGAAAUAAUUUUUUUCCUUUUGAAAUGCUCAAAAAGAGAUCUUUUUUCAAGAUCAAAAAUCAUGAAAUUUCCAGGAAAAAGUCCUGACCCCGUUGAGCGAAGGGCCGAUGUCAAACGAGGGACGGAAAGGCGUCAAGCGGAAAAAUGUUCGUUUUUUAAAGAAAUUUCUAUCAAAAUCUAUUUUUAGGAGGAUGACGUCCAAAAAGAGGCGAAAAUCGCGAAAACCGAGUCUGGAACGGCGGAAAAUUCGCCUUUGCCGCCGAAACCUGAGGAGAAUCCGCUCAAGUUGGUAUUGCUCAUGUUAGAGGGGGAGAAGCUUGAAAAUUUAGCUUUUUCGGCCUUCAAACUGACUAAUUUUCAUCAAAAAUUACUUUUUUCUCUUGAGUUUCCACUUAAUUGACUCAUGGUCGCAUGUAGAAUGGCUAAGCGCGUGAUUUGAGUUGCGCCGGACCCGAAACGACUUGCGCGCGCCCCAUAAAUUUUCAGCCCUUUUUCGGAUUUUUAUCAGAAAAUAACAAAUGUUAUAAUAAAAGACAGUGAAAAAUAAGAAAAUAAAGACAUUUUUUUCAGAAAAAUGGAACUUAUGACCAACUCCCAACAGUUCCACACCAUCCUCAAUGAUGUCGUUGAUGCUCCCGCGAAAAAGUAAAAAAAUUCCAUGGAAAAAUGGAAAAGUGGUCAUUUUAGGGACGAACGAGCGGCGAAACUUGAGAAAUUGGACGACAUCGGCAAGCAGGUCCAAGUCGAGCAGGAGAUGAUGAAACAGCGCGAAAUCAUGCAUCAGAAUUAUCAGGUUAAUCUUUUUUUGUUAUUGAGUAAUUAUAGACAAUUUUUACGAUUUUCAGAAAGAUUUGUUCAAAAAUUCGUUUCUAGCUGGGAAAUUCUAGUUUUUUUUUUAUUUUCAGAAACUUUCUAUUGGAUUUCUCGUUUUGAAAAGAUGAACAAAAAAUUGUUUUUCUAGGUUUUUAAAGGAGCAUCUUAGGAAAUCCUAGGGGUCCCUAUAGUGGCAAAUUUAGGAUCCUUAAAAAUUCCCUAUAGGGGUCACUUUUGCAAGCUUUAUUGCCCCUAGGAGAAGCAUGCUAGUGGUCCCUAGAGUGGUUUAGUUUUUAAUAAAUAAGCGUUAUUUGAAUGGUGAAAAAAUCCACCGUUAAUAGAGUGAUCGAGUUUGUCUUCUUAACUUUCAAAUAGGAACACAAAUUUGAAAAAAAAAACUCCCCAUAGGGGCCACUUGUUUGAGUACGUCGGCGGUCUGAACUUAAACCCCUAAAGAGGACACUUUUUGCCUCUAAAGGGCCGCUGUUUUCCCCUAACCCCUCUAGGGACCACUUGAGGUUAAACAGUUUGGGGGUCCGUCCUAAAACCCUAUAGCGACCACUUGAAUUUCAUCCCUGUAAGAGGCACUUUUUUGUCCCUCAUAGUGGCUUUUGUCCCUAAUCCCUAUAGGGACCAAUUGAGCUUCAACGGCUGGGGAAAUUCAUUCUAAACCCCUAUAGCGACCACUUAAAUUUAACUCCUGUAGGGGACACUUUUUUUUUCCCUUAUAGAUACUUUUUCCCUAAACCCCUAUAAGGACCACCUUAACUUUACCCCUAUAAGGACUACUUUUUUGGCCCCUAUAGUGGCUUUUCUCCCUAAUCCCUAUAGUGACCACUCUGGCUUUUCUCAGUAGAAAAAGAAAAAAAAAAAUUCAAAAGUUCCAAAUUUUCAGAUGCAAAUGAAGCGAAUGCAGCAGCAGCAGCCGUACAUGUCGCCACAGUAUCCGAUGCCGGGAUUUCCCCCUGGAAAUCCGGCCAUGAUGCCCGGCGGGAUGCCCGCGGGAGUCCAGCCGCCGACCAGCGCCGCGGCCGGUCCAUUCUCCGCCGGCGCCUUCCCGCCCGGCUACCCGGGUCUCCCGAACAUGCCGCCGAUGCCCGGACCCUACCCUCCUCACUUUUUCCCCCACGGCAUUCCGCCUGGUAAAUUUUAUUCUCUCUUUAGAUGAUUUAGGGAUUAAUUAGUUGAUUAGUGAUAACGUUAAAAUUAUUGUACCUUUAUUGGGUGAUCAAGAAGCCCAUUUAUCACGUGAAGUUUGUGCAAACCCUUCAAUUUUUCGUUUCCCCUAGUCUUGUAGGGGCCAUAUUUUGCAUAACCCUGACCCUUUUUUCAGUUCUUAGCCCAUUAAAUGAAAAAUCAAUCUUUAUAACAUAAAAUCCUGAAGCCUAGAUAAUUAAACUUUUUAAUGAAAUUUCAAAGUUCUAAAAAAAUCCCAACCAAACCUCUCCAAUUUUCAGGUUACCCAAUGUCGGCGCCCGGCAAGAUGCCGCCAUUCCCCUCCCCAGGAUUCCCUCAGCCGAUGGCGGGCAUGCCCCCGGAGGCCCGCGGAUGCCCGUCCCGCCUCACAUGA